AUGCUAGACGACAUUGAGAGUCGUUCUCAGGGGACCAUGCUUUCCGCGGAUGGCGCCGACAUCGACGAUACCCUAGCUCGCUACGGCGAUACGGAACCCACCAUUGCGCCGCCGGGAAGUGACCUCAAUCAACAAGGGCCUCGAAUGCUUGUCGACGUCAGUCCGGUGGCUAGCUUCGCGGAGAUGGGACACGCCACUGCGGCCACCUUCACUCUGAACUAUCUACAGGCCAUGGCCCUUCAACUUUAUACCGGCGGGCCAGGCGGCACGGGAAAGUCGAGGAUCAUCGAUGCCCUGAAGGACGUGUUCGCGGCGAGAAAUCAGCCACACCUUCUGCAGAUAACCGGCACAUCAGGCAGUUCGGCGGCCCAGAUUGGCGGCACGACCAUCCACUCAGCGUGUGGGUUGGAUUCCCAUCGCGAUCCAAACAAACCGCCUCCCCCUUUCUCGGAGGCGAAGAAGUGGAUAUGGAAACAGAAGCUGGUACUCGUGAUUGACGAGGUCAGCAUGCUGGGAGGAGCCACUCUGCACAACGUCAGUCGUCACCUGCAGGCACUCCGUGACUGUCCGGACGAGCCGUUUGGUGGGAUGCCUGUCGUUCUACUGAUGGGAGACUUCUACCAGUUCGCCCCCGUGCGGGAAACAAGCCUACUGAUCAUCAGACCGCCGGACCGAACAGAGACCCCCCUGCGAUAA